UAUGCCUGCAUUCUGUCUUUUUUAAUCAGUGCUGUUUCAGCAUGCUGCAAGCUAGAGGAGGUCUCCUAUCCACUGUUAUAUGUACAUCACUUAUCUACUUAUGCCAGAGGAGGUGGACAUGUGUGCAAUUAUUGAGCAAUUAGCACAGGACUGUGAAAUCCUCUUAACAGUGUUGGAGAUUGGCAUUUUGCCCAUUGACUAUUGCAAUCUGUAUUUUCAGGGGGAUCGUUCGGAUGGGCAAUUGCAUUAAGAGGCAAAAAAAAGAGGCCUACAAGCCUACAAGAGAUUUAGCUACAGCAUUUAAAUGUGUUGCCACUAAUGGAAUUAUAGAAGUCUAAUAGGAAAUAAUGAAAAGGAGGUUGACACAGGAAAACACUGCUACUGUACUCAAGCAAACAGAACAAGACACUUUUUGAGAGUGACAAGAAGAGGAUAUAAUCAAGCACACCUUUUUUGCAAUCCACCCCCACGUUUUUCCCCUCCUUGAUUCCUUUUUUUUCUCACACUUCCAUUUCUCCUCCUCAUUCCCUCACGUUUUUCCUGAAUUGAAUCCAUACACAAGCACACUCAAACAUGGUGGAAAAUGCAAGCUCCAAGAUGGACAGUAGCCCAGUGUCCAACAUUUCCCUGCUGGGCUCUGGGGAUAGGGUGUCCGAGUCUCUGGAGUAUAAGACUGUAUCAGUGUUCCUGGUACUGUUGGUGUGCGGUGUGGGAAUCGUGGGCAACGUAAUGGUGGUCCUGGUGGUUCUGACUACACGGCAUAUGCGAACACCCACCAACUGCUACCUGGUGAGCCUGGCGGUGGCUGACCUGACCGUGCUGGUGGCAGCGGGGCUGCCCAAUAUCUCAGAGAGCUUGUUGGCCACCUGGGUGUAUGGCCAUGCCGGAUGUCUGGGCAUCACCUACCUGCAGUACCUGGGCAUCAAUGUCUCCUCCUGUUCCAUCACAGCCUUCACCGUGGAGAGAUACAUAGCCAUCUGUCACCCGAUGAGGGCUCAGACAGUGUGCACGGUCUCCAGGGCCAAGCGCAUCAUUGCAGGGGUGUGGGCCUUCACCUGCGUCUACUGCAUGCUUUGGCUUUUCCUAGUGGACAUCCAGGUGAACAGUGAUGGACGAGUGCAGUGUGGCUACCGCGUCUCCCGGGACCUCUACCUGCCCAUCUACCUCAUUGACUUCGCCAUCUUUUAUGUCAUCCCCCUGCUACUGGCCAUUGCUCUCUAUGGCCUCAUCGCUCGGAUCCUGUACCUGAGCCCCCUGCCUCACCCGCCCGAUUCCAGCACCAUCACAGCCACCACCCUCAGGAGGAGCUGCAAGGAGCCAGUGGACGCAGCCAAAGGAGGUCGUCAGGGGAGGCCUAAAAGUGCCCUCUCAUCUCGGAAGCAGGUCACUAAGAUGCUGGCUGUGGUGGUGGUUCUUUUUGCCCUGCUGUGGAUGCCAUACAGAACGUUGGUGCUCAUCAACUCCUUCGUCAGCACGCCAUAUCUGGACGCCUGGUUCUUGCUCUUCUGCCGGACAUGCAUCUACGCCAACAGCGCCAUCAACCCUGUGGUGUACAACCUAAUGUCCCAGAAGUUCCGCUCUGCGUUCCGUGGGCUGUACCGCUGCCAGAGGCAAACCGGCCACCACCGUACCCUCUCCACCCUCCACACGGCCUGCAGCGUGGCCAGAGACCCUCGCGCCAUUCACACCAGCAAUGGCAGCAGGGAGACGGCCAGGAACAUCAGCUCAGGCCCCGCUGACCAGAAACACAGCAAAGACAGCGCUUUGGAUGAAGAAAGAGAGGCUACAGAGAGCACGUGUGUUGACAACAACGACAUGGAUAAGCCCAUUUUCAAGGAGGAGGAGGAUGUGAUUGAUACAAGUGAGGGGCAAAAUGAUCCAGCAACCACAGACGAAAAAGACUUUGGCAGCUUUAAAAACGAUGAAAAAGGGAUGGAACAAGAAGAGAAUGGUCCAGGCUUGGAGAAGAUGUUGGGGAAGACUUUGGAGAUGGUCAGUGUUGCUACUACUAAUGUGACACCAGGCAUUAAAAGCUCCAGCACAGAGAAGACUGUAGUGCCCUGUGAUGAGAAGAAGCCUACACAUGGCCCUGCUGAGCAGAAUGCUAGAGAAUUGAUCCACAGCACAGUGUAGCUCCCUCCACCAUCUCUGCUCUAAAAGCACUUCAAAGAAAAUCAUAUGGGGGUCAGACUUAUUCACUUUACAGCUCUUACCUGAAAGAUAAACUUGCCUUUUGCAAUCACUUCACAUUUCAGAGAGGAUCCAGAAGAGCUAUAUGUCCUUCCACCAGCUAAUGAGACACCAGCUCUGCUGUCAAAUGCAAAGACUCGGACCAUUCUGACUGUGUAAUUUACAGUGCUUGCUGGAUGGCGGAAGCAACGGCAACAGCUGUUCUUUCUGUAGUAGCUCAGAAGCAUUCUAGAGAAUUCCAGUGUCCUCUGCUCAUCCCCAUUACAUAAAACAACUUGCCCUCUCUGUCUGUAAACAGAAGAAACUAAUGAAUCCAGCUAAGUGGGUACAUAACCCACUUUUGAAAGCACAGAUUGGGCCGUAUUCUCCUCAGCAAAACUGCUCCAAGGUGCUUUUAUCCAACAACAUAGCCUAGAGCAUCAGGUCAGAACUAACACACAUCUGUGUUUUCCCCACGACACGAGGCAGGGAAAAGCGAGUUGUAAUGCAUCAACAUUUGUUCCACAUAAAAGCCCAUGCUUCAAGCGGAGUGAUGGAUGCUAUACAACUGUUUCUUCUGCCGUUGUACCCCGAGGCACAACCGCAUUCUCUGGGCUGCAUUUGAGGACCGGAGGCGGAUCAGACCAGACAUCCAUUUGUGGACUCUAAUAAGUCAUCUAUUUAUUUAU